UCUCUCUCUCUCAGCAUCGAUUUCGUUGUUUUUGUUCGUAUUUGAAACAAGUUUGGAAUUAAAAUAUUGAUGUUUAGCCUGUAUAUGUACUGUGUGAUUGAUACGAGGCAACGUCUAUGAGUUUUCAAUUUUUCAUGAUGCUGUCGUUGAUUUCGAUUGAUUCAAUAAACAAUUGUUCAAUUCUUCAUCGAUGUGUAUUUGAUCGCAUAUAAUAUACUGCAUACACACACGCGAUGUAGAUUUGUUGAAGUGUAGCUGUUAACGUUAGGCAUCUUCCGCCGGUCACUUGACCUUUUCUCUGUCGCCGAUUUUCCCUAUAAACAGAGUUUUUUGAGAGAGAGUGAUACAGAGAUAGAGCUUCAAUUCUGGUGGUUAUUGUUCUAGCGUUUAUUUGUUUUAUAAUCAGGUGACAGAAAGGAAUAUGGAAGGAGACGAUAAAUCGGACUGUGCGGGUUCGACGACGCGGCGGAGGCUGUGCACGUGCUCAAAGGACGAUUUUCUCCCUGAGGAAUCGUUCCAGAGCUGGGGGAACUACGCGAGUGCAUUGAGACAGACUCCGGCGCGGCUGCUCGACCGGGUCACGUCGAGGUCGAGCUUGGAGGCGGAGCUGGAGGUCAAGGCUCGGAGCGGCGGACAGAUGAAGAGGACGCUUACUGCGUGGGAUUUGAUGUGGUUCGGCAUGGGCGCUGUCAUCGGCGCCGGAAUAUUCGUCCUCACCGGACAAGAGGCUCACAUCCACGCCGGCCCUGCCGUCGUUCUCUCCUACGCCUUCUCCGGCCUCUCCGCCUUGCUCUCCGUCUUCUGCUACACCGAAUUCGCCGUCGAAAUUCCUGUUGCUGGUGGUUCAUUUGCCUACUUGAGAGUGGAGCUCGGCGAUUUCGUGGCAUUCAUAGCCGCCGGAAACAUCCUCCUCGAGUACAUCAUCGGCGGAGCAGCGGUGGCGCGUUCCUGGACGUCCUACUUCGCCACCCUCUGCAACCACCAACCGGAAGACUUCCGCUUCGAGGUAAACGGUUUAGCAAAGGACUUCAACCAGCUCGACCCCAUCGCCGUCGGCAUCAUCAUACUCGUCUGCAUCAUCGCCGUCAUGAGCACAAAGGGCUCCUCCCGCCUCAACUACAUCGCCUCCGUCGUCCACAUCAUCGUCAUCGUCUUCAUCAUCAUCGCCGGACUCAUCAAAGCCGACCCCAAGAACUACAGGGACUUCACCCCCUACGGCGCCCGCGGCAUCUUCAAGGCCUCCGCCGUCCUCUUCUUCGCCUACGUGGGCUUCGACGCCGUCUCCACCAUGGCCGAGGAGACGAAGAACCCGGCCCGCGACAUCCCCAUCGGCCUCGUGGGGUCCAUGGUGCUCACCACCACCAUCUACUGCGUGCUCGCGGUGGUCCUCUGCCUCAUGCAGCCGUACAACGAGAUCGACAUCAACGCCCCCUUCUCGGUGGCGUUCAAGAAGGUCGGGUGGGGCUGGGCUCAGUACGUCGUGGCAGCUGGCGCGCUGAAGGGGAUGACCUCGGUCCUCCUCGUCAGCGCGGUGGGGCAGGCCCGGUACCUCACGCACAUAGCGAGAACACACAUGAUGCCGCCGUGGUUCGCCAAGGUUGAUCCGAAGACAGGGACGCCGAUCAUCGCCACGGUCGCAAUGCUCGCUUCCACGGCCGUGAUAGCCUUCUUCACCGAUCUUGAAGUCCUAGCAAACUUGCUCUCCAUCGCGACGCUCUUCAUCUUCAUGCUGGUGGCGCUAGCCCUCAUCGUGCGGAGGUACUACGUGAGCGGGGAGACGACGGAGGCGAACCGAAAGAAGCUAGUGGUGUACCUCACACUGAUCCUGGCCUCCUCAACAGGGACGGCGAUGUAUUGGGGGCUGAGCGAGCACGGGUGGAUCGGGUACUGUGUGACCGUGCCUAUAUGGAUCCUGUCGAACUUGUUGCUGUGGACGACGGUGCCUCAGGCACGGUCGCCUAAGCUGUGGGGCGUGCCGUUGGUGCCGUGGAUGCCGUCGACGUCUAUAGCGAUUAACAUAUUCUUGCUGGGAUCCAUUGACGGCAAGUCUUUCGUGAGGUUCAUGGUGUGGACGUGUUUCCUGCUGGUGUACUACCUGCUGUUCGGGCUUCACGCGUCGUACGACACGGCCAAGUUGUACGAAUCGCAGGGGAAGGCGCUCCGGAAUGUGGAGGAGGGGACUGCCGGCGACGGCGGGAGUGCUCCUCCUUAGGCUAAAUACAUUAAGUAUAUUUCCUCUGUUUUUCUAUUCGUUAGGAUGUUAUACGAUUCAAUUACAAUUUCCUACCUAUUUUAUUUCAGAUUUUAUGGAUUGUUGAAUCUAUCGAAUGUAUCCAAAGUUACUCGAAAAAUUCAGUGGAAUAUAGAAUCGUUCUCGUU